UGUUUUACUCAAUUGCAAUGCUUUUUAAAACCUUAACUGUGGCAUUGUGUGUGAGAGAGAGUGAGUGUGGAUUUCAGUGUUUACUGGAAGGAAACUCAUAGCAUGAGUUCACAGAAUAGUUUUUUUUCUUUCUUUCUCCCCUCCUUCAAGGCUGUCCUCAGUGUGUCUGUCUGGAUCAGCCUCCUAGACACCACAACUGUGCCACGCAAUCCUUCCUCCACAUCCCUUUCUCGCUCUGUUUUCCUCUCUCUCUCCUCUCUGUCUCCGUCUUUCUGUGUCCACUUUCUCAGUAGUGGUCCUCUUUGCUCUCGUGGGGGAGGCUGAAAUAUCUGGUUUCCCGAACAAUGGAAACUCAAUCAGGAAAUGUACCCGAGGUGUUGAAAGAAGCUUGUUCGUCUCCUCUCUCCCUGCGGCCUGCAGACGCUAAAGAGGACCUAGAGGAGAACAGGCACAUUGAGAAGUUUGACAUCCCACUCAGCAGCCUGAAGCAAAUGUUUGAAAAACCACCGGCGCAACAUGUGGAAGUGAGAGGGUUUCACUCAUCCACCGGGAAAGUUGCAGACAAAUAUAGUGGUGUAGGGGAAAAAAUGUCAAAUCAGGAAUCAAACUUUGGUGACUCUGCAGGCAGCACAGGUGUUCCACCAUCAGGAGACACAUACACUGACUGUGAGACUGUACCUCUCAAGCAGAGACUGGCCCUUUACCAAGCUGCCAUUACCAAGGAGGAGAGAACCCUGUCUGUGGUCAUGGACAGCUCUGAGCCUUGCUCCCUGCCAGGUGGACUGGCCAGUGUGAAAAAACAGUUUGAGAGCCAAGAAUUCAGUUCCUCUUCUGCAUCUCAAAGCACUGUUACAGAAUACCACUACCAGCAGAGACAGGAGGUGGUGAGCUCAUCAGAGGUGACGUUGAAAAACAGUGUUAAAGAAAGCAGUACAGCAAAUGCUCAGGUUUCCCUGGACGAGAAAGUUCAUCAGAAUGUGGCCUCAAGUUUUGAGGAUCAUUAUGAUGAGAAAGUGAUGGUGGUUGGAGGAGAGAAUUUGUCACAGGUUUCUACUCAAGCUCUAAAACAGCAACAUGAGAAAAGUAUUGAAGAAGCCACUCCACCCAAACACAUCAAGAUUGAUCUUGAUUACAACCAGUGUCCAUGGGCCCCAGUAAAUAUUUCUUCAAAGACCUCUGCCACAGGUAGCUAUGAGACUGUGGGUAUCACUAAAAUGAUGCAAGAGGCUUCUACCUCCUCUGUGGCUUCUUCACAAUAUGAGUCAGUGGAGCAAUUCCAUCAACCAGUAUGUACCAUACAUCAACUUCCUCACCAAGUCCCAGGACGUUGUCCUUCCCCUAAGCCAACAGAUCAGCCUACUUCAAGUAAAUAUGCUGUUAAUAAAGAACAGUACUCCAAGCAGAGGAACCUCUAUGAACUUAAGCGUCUCUGCAAGCACAUUCACCCUGAGGUGCGCAAAAAUCUGGAGCGAGACUUCUUAACUGAGGUGACAGAGACAGAGCACACCUAUACUGACAGUGAUGAGGAGAUGUGCAGAGAUGUUCAGCAAGCACGGUAUGUUUUUGAGAACAGUGGAAAUACCAGUCCUGGCAAGUGCUUAAGCCCAGAGAGAGAGUAUCUGGAGUGGGACGAGAUCCUGAAAGGCGAGGUACAGUCAAUGCGCUGGAUGUUUGAGAACAAGCCACUAGAUACUAUCAAAGAUGGCACACCAGAUGAGGAUGAAGGCCAGAACAUUGCCCAACAGGAAAUCAUUGCUGGUAAAGAUGUGAGGUAUAACAUGUGGAUGUUUGAAACACAACCCAUGGACUCCCUAGGUACAGAAAAAAUAGACUCAGCAGAGCACAGUGGAAAACUAACAGAGCUAGCUAGGGGAGAUGUCCAAACAGCUACAUGGCUGUUUGAGACACAGCCUCUGGACUCACUUAAUAGAAUUUACCAAGAGGAUGAGCAAGAAACACAGGUGAUGUAUACUCAAGACAUUGCAGGGGGAGAUGUGAAGACUGCUAGGUACUUGUUUGAAACACAGCACCUGGACACCCUUGGACAUACUGAAACUAUUGACGAAAGACACUUCCUGCACCUGAAGUCAGAGUUUGAAGAGGUCAAAGGUGAGGUAAAGAAGACAACCAAGAUGUUCGAGACACAACCCAUGUGUGUAAUUCGUGGAGACUUUGGUGAGAUGCUGGAGAUUACCAAGGUCCGACGUGAGGAGACUGAGAAAGGUGAUGUAAGGACAUCACGCUGGCUCUUUGAAACUCAGCCUCUGGACCUGAUCAGCAAAGAUCCAACCAAGGUCAAAUUAAUCUGUGGAGUCUCCAUAGAGAAAAACUCUCAGGGUGGGGUCAACAGGGGAAGAUGGCUGUUUGAGACAAAGACACUUGAUCAAAUCAAAGAUGAGGAAUGGGAAAGCACAAAGAUGCAGAAGGAGGAGGUCAUAGGGGCAGAUGUGAGGAGACACUGCAUGAUCUUUGAAACACAGCCAAUGGAUAAACUUAAAGACAAUACCAAUGCAAGACCAGUGGACCCAGAAGACAUCAUGGGUGGUGAUGUUACCUCCGCUAAGCAUUUGUUUGAAUCAGUGCCAAUGGAGAACUUGAAAGAGUUACCAGAAGUAGGUAAGCUACAAAAAGUGGUGGCAUCAGAGGAAGAGAAAGGCGAUGUGAGACAUCAGAGGUGGUUGUUUGAGAGCAGACCCCUUGAACAGAUCAGAGAGGAUGAGAAAGAGAUUACACGGACUGUUAAUCUGGAAGAUCUUGAGAAAGGUGAUGUCACCAAUUACAAGGAGAUAUUUGAGACCAUGGAUCUGAGCAACUGCACAGAUGUACAGAGGAUACAAGUGGAGGGGGUCACCAGCGGGUCAGUGAAAUCAAAUAAAGUGUUAUUUGAGUCAGCUCCCUUGUAUGCCGUACAGGACAGCUCAGGGCACUACCAUGAGGUCAAAACUGUGCGGAGAGAGGAAGUUGUCAAAGGAGACGUAAGGAGCUGCAAGUGGAUGUUUGAAACCUGUCCUAUUGAUCAGUUUGAUGAGAGCAUCACUAAGUUCCAGAUAAUUAAAGGAAUAUCUAAAGAAGAAAUCCAAUCAGGUGAUGUAAAAACUGCCAAAUGGCUUUUUGAAACCCAGCCACUCGAUGGUAUUAAAUACUUCAGCAACUUAGAGGAAGAGGACAACAGGAAGAAUGAGAGCAUUGAGAUCCAAAGGGGUGACGUCAAAACAUGCAGAUGGUUGUUUGAGACCCAAUCAAUGGAUGCCUUGUAUGACAAAGCAGAGACAAAGACUGAGGACACCACAGACGUCCAGAAAGGAGAUGUUAAAACAUGCACAUGGCUUUUUGAGACUCAGACACUUGACAGCAUCAAAGAUGAGUCUGAGACAAUACUGAAAACAUGCACAGUAAAUCAGGAGGAUGUACAGGGCAAGGAUGUACGUCUAGUGCGUUUUCUUUUUGAGACUGAGAACCUGGAAAACAUAACAGAUGAUGAGGAUCAUAGUGGCUUUAAGCAAAUCACUGAGAUUGACAUUGAAUCUGGAGAUGUAUCGAGGAUGAAGUACAUCUUUGAGACACAGUCAUCUGAUAUCAUGACCUCCACAUCAGAGGAGACCAUGCAGAAACUGAAAUCCCAUCAAGCAGGGGACAUUCAGAAAGGAAAUGUGGUGAACUGCACCUGGAUGUUUGAAAACCAACCAAUUGAUUCUAUCACGGCAAAUUUGGAAGAAUCCAAGGAGGUACGCACAGUAACAGAUAUUCAAGGAGGUAAUGUCGACAAAGGUCGCUUCAUCUUUGAGACAUUCUCAUUAGAUAUGAUUCAAGAGGAGGCAUCUGAUACUGAGAUCAACAAACUCCAGAGCAUCAUAUGCAAGGAGGUUGAAAAGGGGGAUGUGAAAAACUAUACCAUGAUGUUUGAGACUCAACCACUGUAUGCUAUCAGGGACAAAGAAGGACAUUAUCAUGAGGUUACGACGGUCACAAAAGAAGAGAUUCUGAGAGGAGAUGUGCUUGGGGCAAGAUGGUUAUUUGAGACAAAGCCUCUUGACUCAAUUAGAAACACAAAUGAGGUUUAUGUAAUUAAAGCUGUUACUGAGGAAGACAUUCAAAAAGGAGAUGUUAGCACCGCGAGGUGGAGGUUUGAAACUCAGCCUCUAGAUGAGAUUACUGAAGAUAUGAAAGUUUCCGUUAAGACAGUCGCAGACAUUCAAGGGGGAGAUGUGAAAACAAACAAGCAGCGUUUUGAAAUGGAUGACCUAUCAAAUAAAUAUGUUAGAACUGUAAGUGUAAGUGAGAUUCAGAGAGGUAACGUGAGAAGUUCGACAUGGAUGUUUGAAACACACACCAUUGAUAAGAUCCGUGGUGAUGGUUCAGAGUACGAGGAGAUGGAAAAGGUGACACGUGAAGAAGUUGUAAAAGGUGAUGUUAAACAGUCUGUGUGGCUCUUUGAAAAAGAACCACUUGACUGUAUCAAGGAAGUUGAUGGAACAGAAACUGUAAUUUCUCAAGAGGAAAUCCCAAAAGCUGAUGUGAAGACAACAAAAUGGCUGUUUGAAACCACCCCCCUAACAGAAUUUAAUGAGAGCUGUGUAGAAAGAACAGAGGUCAUUGGCAAGAGUGUCAAGGCUACCCUAGAAGAGCUGCAUUCUCAGAAAAUGGUUGAGUCACAGGGAAUUCUGAUUGAGGCAGAUGAGAUUGGAGAUGUCAGAAUGGCUAAAUACAAACUUCUUAACCAGGACACCCCAGAGAUCCAGAAAGAAGAGGUAAUACAUGGAGACCUGAACAAUAUUAUGAUGAAUCUGCUCAACCGACGUGAGACAACAGAUAGGGGAAUAACCAUAGACAGUGAGGAAAGAGGAAACAUUAACUCAGCUGUUCAGCAGCUCUUUAACAAAGAGAAGGGUGGUAACAUGGAAAAAGAGGAGAUCAUCAGAGGAGACAUCCAAGAGGCUAUUAGUAACUUGCUGAAGCAGGAAGGAUCUGCAAAACAUGGUAUUCUGAUUCAAGAGGAUGAGAAAGGAGAUGUGAGAAUGACCAUAUACUCUCUGUUAAACAAAGAAAGUGGAAGUGGGGUUGAGAAAGAGGACAUAGUGAGAGGAAAUGUCCGUGGAACACUGCAUAGGCUGCUGGGUAAUGCUGAUGAAAAGGACCUGUCAUCUAAGAUAACCGUGGGAGACUCAGAGAGAGGAAAUGUCAGCUUUUAUUCUACUUGUAUUGAGUCUGGGGCAUUGGACUACCUUAGGCAAUUUCAGAUGGGGGCCGAUGAAAUCGUUGAGGGAAAAGUGAAAGAGAAGAUCAUCGGAGGUGAUGUAGAACAGACAAAACAGAUUCUAAGAAGGAGCCAGCAGACAAUUGGACGAACUGUUGCUGAAGAUGAAAUUGUUCCAGGUGAUGUUCAUAAUACAGUUCAGGUGUUUAUGAUGGAACCUGUGAUUUCCCUGCAUAACAUGCAGAAGGAGAAGAUAGUAAAGGGAGACUUGAGAGCAGCCCUUGACUCUCUUACACAAACUGUAAACCAAUGUGUUGUCACUGAAAAAGAGGAGAUAGUCAAAGGAGACAUAAGCACAACACUUAAGUCUCUUGAGGAUGCUCAAAAUCAACUCAAAGAGGUAGAAAAGCCUGAAAUUGUUCCUGGGGAUAUUAGGGGUGCAUUAGAAUCUCUUGAGAAAACAACAUCUGCAAAGACUGAGGUAGUCAUUGAAGAUUUGGUCCCAGGAGAUAUCAAAAAGACCUUGAAAUCCCUGGAGGAGGCAAAGCAGGCAGUGAAAGAGAUAGAGAAAGAUGAAAUUAUUAAAGGUGACAUCCAUACUGCUCUGCUUAGUCUUCAAGAGGCUUCAACUGAAAAGAGGGCCUUCCAGCACCAAAUAAGUGAACAAGGUGAUGUGAAAGGCACAAUUCAGCUCUUACUGGAGCCUACAUUGUCCCCACGUAUGCAGAGGCGGCCAAGCACAGAGGGUGACAUAAAGUCCUCCAUAAAAUCUCUUUAUGACCAGGAGCAAGUACAAAUUGAGAAAGAAGAUGUGAUAAAGGGAGAUGUUCAGGGGACCAUUAAAUCCCUGAUGAGGAAAAAAGAGCAGCUGAGCCACAAAUCAAAAAUGAAUCCUCAUAGGAAAGAACAAUUUCACAUGAAGAAUCCAGUUCCAACUCAAAAAUGUGAAAUAUGUGAAUGCAUGGCUGGACUUAAAAAUGAGGAAAAGCCAGAAAAUCCACCUCCAGUGAAAAACAUGACACAGCGCAGCGUGCAAAAUACCUUAGAGAUCAAAUCUUCAGAAAGUCAGACUUCAUCUGAAGAGCAUCAUUCUACUAUUAAACAGAUCAAUACAGCUAGUCACUCUGAGCCAUCACAAGGCUCUCAAAAGAUAAAUGUGAAGGAACAACCUAUAAAGCAAAAACAAAAAACUCCUAGUACAGUGCUAAUAAAGAAGAAGAAUGUUGGAGGUCAGAUGAGUGAGAAGAAAUCUGAAAGUACAACUGUGUCUUCAGAAAGUACAUCAAAGGAGGUAUCACAUACUAAUAUUAGCUUGAUGCAAACUGAGGAGAUAAAGACAGUCACACAGGUACAGACAGCUGCGACAACAGAAAACACCACUAUAACCCAGAAGAAGAACAUAAAAAAUUUAAAAUCAGAGAAAAAUAUUAAGAGCUUGAACCGUAAUCUCAGUCCCAAGGGAAUGAUUAAAAAAGUGAAGCCACAGCCAGAGAUUCACUUUCCUCCACCUCCAACCUCUCCUCCACCUCCCUCUGAAUCAGAGCUCUCUCUUCCUCCUUCUCCUCCUUCCCCUGUGGUAGAAAGUGAUAUCCAGCCAGCCCUCUUGCCACGCCCUUCUCUGAUAAUGAGACAGGACAGUGACCUUCCCCUUCCACCGCCUCCACCACCCAUCAUGGAGGUAGACACCGAAUUCUUUCCCCCACCUCCUCCACCUCAAGAACCUCUGCCCCCUCUUCCAUCCCAACAAGAACUCAGCUCAGUCACCCUGGGUGGAAAACCAAAGGGCCAACCUCUGUUCAAAAAGCCUAAACCUGAGUCUCCAAAGGAACCACUGCCACCAAAAUAUAAAUGGCAGAAAAAGCAAACUGCUCCCGCACCGCCACCAUUAUCUGUGGCAAAACAGAGUGAAACAGUUACAUCCAACAUAGCCAUAGUCACUGAAACUACAGAGAAAAUCACCAAGAAAAAUGGACUGGUUAAAUCUAUUGGGUCACCAGCUUCAUCUGUUACUAAAGCUUCCCCAGUGAUUCCUGUACUACCAGCAGCAGCUCAGGAACCAUCACGCCCUAAAAAAGUAUUUGUUCUGCCACUGAAACUCCCACCUCCUCCUGAGCCUGCUAAUUUAAAAGCAAGACCUUAUGCAAGUAAAUUCAAAACUCCACUCAUGCUUGCAGAGGAGAGAUACCGCAAACAAAGAGAGGAGGCUGAAAAGAAUAAGGGAGGAUGUACUCCUACUUCACCUCCAGCUACGUCACCAUUUAAGAUCAGUGAAAGGAAGGCAGAAGCAGAGACAAGCACACACAAUUUUGAGGAGUUGCAAACAGUUAAGAAACAGCAAGAGCAAUCUAAUAUAACAGAGCCUCAACAGAACCCGGCCAUGUUGCCAGACGAUACAGCAGAAAAAGCUGGUCCCCCAAAAAGUCCACAACUCCCUCCAAAACAAAAGUCACCUGCAAAUUUUCAGAUAAGUAAACCCUCAUUUCCCAAAGUUGGAAAGAAAACAACCAAAGAAUCUAGUGGUGUCUUUGAUAAAAAGCAGGAAUCUAUCACUGCUUCUUUAGAGAUUAAAAGCCAUCCAGCCCCUGUUCCUGAGCAGGUUGGGGGUAUCCAAUCUCAGUUGGUACAAAAAGAGGGUGUACAGUCCACAACAAGACUGAUCACUGCUUCUGCUCAAGCAGAAGAGAUCAAGAGCCCAGACAGUUGUGUUGCUCAAGGAGUCAAGAAGGUUCUAAUUCAACCCACAAAGAUCCCAAAAGUGACUCCUAGCUUUAAGGUGAAAACUUUUAAGGUAGAAAUGGCAGAGGAACAGGAGGGCAGAAAGAAAUCAACUCAAAAUGAGCAAACAGUCACAGAAGUAGAAACACGUGAUAUCUCUCAAGUGUGCAUGGGUCAAGAGACCUUCAAAAAAUCUACCAAUGCUGUGGAAAAGACUGAAGUAAAAGUUGAGAAAAAGGAGGAAGUAAGGCAAGCCAAUCAAGAUGUCAAAAUAGAAGUCAAGUUAAAGAAACAAAAACAAACCUUAAUUAAGCAGCCACCACCUGUGGCACCAAAACCAUCGGUUGAGAUGCAUCAAGAACAACCGUCUAUGACUAUGGAAGUACCUGUACAUCAAGGACAAUGGCAGACAACAGUCAUUCAAUCCCAUCAGACAGUGAGAGAGGAACAUGUCCAGAUUCACAAAGAGAGAAUGGUCAGUCAGAGUUCAGUUCAACAAAAUAGCACUCAACAAAAAGGUCAGGUCCAGAUCAAAAAGCAGGUAAAGCCUCCACCACAGCCUCUAAGUAGAGAGGAAGACAUAAAGCAGUCUAUACAGAAAGAAGAACAUGAUAAAAUGGAGGUUUCAGAAUCAAAAGUGUCAGAUAGUGUAACAAUUACAACUGAAGGCACGCAUGCACACAAAUGUAAAGAAAUUCACAAGUUGUUGAGUUAUAUGCAAGAGUUGGAAGAAGCCCCUGGAAAAAUUAACCCAAAGACAGUGAAGACAAUGCUAAGUAUGGUUCCUGAUUGGCUAGUUGGUUCUGAGGAGAUGGCUGAAUUAAACCACAUUCAGUACAACAAGCAGAACAUUAAGGAGGUCAUGGCCUAUAUGCAGAACCUUGCCCAGGCUAAACUGAAUUUUUUAGAAGGAAGUUUGUCUGUUUUCGAGAUGCCAAAGAGUGAGCCAGCACAGGAGAAGAAAAUUGUUAGUGGAGCCACACAGAAAAUAUCUAAAAUUACAAUUGGCUCAGCGAAAAUAGAGACUCAGAAAAAAGUAGUGGAGGAGACGAAGACAGAGUGGCAGAGUGAGUCAAAGGUUACAGAGCUCAAAAUGCCACCAGAGCUAAGAAGGCGAACACCGUCACCCACGUUCAUCUGCAUUGAGUCAGCCAAGAGGACAGACUCUCCCUUGAGAGUGACCCCAUCACCCCCUCCCUAUUACAGAUCAGGCACCACACCAACACCUCCACCUCGCUGGUCUGAUACACCGACAUGCCUGAAUCAAUCCACACCUUCCCCCACAACGAGUCGCUCUGAGAAGCUAGCUAAACUGAGAGAUACAACAGCCAAACUUUCUCAAGGCAUGACCCCACCACCCAUGUCUUUAGCUGAGCAUAUGUUGAAGGCCCAAACGGACUUGGAAGGGUCUCGUUCUUCCAGCCACUCAGAGAUUAGCAUGGAGACUCACUUAAUGGAAUCAUCUCUGAUGGAUGUCACAGAGAUCCAUGGGGACUCUAUGACGACCGUAAAAGACAAGCGUGAAUUUUUUGAGGAGGCUCAGAAAGCGGAGGUUAACCGUGCAUAUGUACGGAAGGGUCCCAUUGACAUUCCAGAGCGUCUUGGACCAGAUGUGGAAGACAGUGAGCCGGAGAUCCAGAGAUCCAUAGAUGUCCAUGAGAGGAUGUUAGAGGACUUGCCCAGAGUUGACCUGUCUGGGCUUGUUAACAAGUUUGAGUCUCCACAGCCUAAAGUUUAUGUUCGGAAGGAGCCUAUUGUUAUUUCUGACAGACUGGGAAGUGACAUAGAAGAAGAUGAACCCGAGAAGAAGCCAUCCUUGGUGGAAGACAUUCCAACCUUUGAUAUUAAUGCCCUCAAGAAUGUCUUUGAAUUGGGUGAGCAAGCCCACCAGUACCUAAGGGAAGAGAGAAAGUUUCCUGAAAAACAAGAAGAAUCUAUUGCACCUUCAGGGUUCUCAGAAAUUAGAUCUGUAACUGAGCACUUCUCCACUGCAGAUGAGUUUGGAAACACUGUAACAGGGUCAAAGAAUGAGAUGACCUCCCACUCUCAAAGUGUGACAACCCUUUGUGAUCCACCAACUUAUGCAGAUGUACUAAGAGGGAAUGUUCCUGUUCUGGACGUUCCACCUGAAACUUCUGCAGAGGAGUUCUUGAAGAGCUUCCAGCAGACAUGGGCAGAGAGUGAAAAUGUCUUCAAGAAUUUGGGCUUCAGUUUAUCUGAACAACACAGAACACAGAGUGUUUCAAACCAGAACCAGGCUUUAGUAACCGAAAAUAUGUGUGCCAGAGUCCGAACUGUGUCGGGUAUGUCGGAAGAGGGUGUAUCCCAUGGAGUCUCUCAUAGCGGACAAGCAAAACUUCCAUAAAAGCUGUUUUAGAUGUGCCCACUGUAGCAGCCAGCUCAGCCUUGGAACAUUUGCUUCUCUCCAUGGCCGUAUGUAUUGCAAGCCACACUUCAAACAACUUUUCAAGUCUAAAGGCAACUACGAUGAAGGGUUUGGUGAAAGGCCCCAUAAGGAACUUUGGGGUACAAAAAAAAAGAACAACUCAUCAG